CUCACAGCUCCGUCGCACUGCUACACCAGAGUAAAGCAGCAGCACAACAACGAGGCGGCGACGAGUCUUAGCACCAUCACUUUAUAUAUCAGAUAUUCACAAUGCCGCCCAAGAACCGCAACAACCGCAACUCGCACCCGCGACCUACGGCCCAUCACCACGUUCCUUCAGACUACGACACCGACACUGCAUAUGCGACCGACGCCAUGAGCCUCCCACAACCAGCACCCAUUCCGGCGCGCACCAACGAAGAGCUCAACCUCAGUGUACUGCAACGACACGACCCUUCGGUCCAUCAAAUCCUAUCUGUCGCUCCUUUUGCCGUUGUCUACACCUUCAACCCGGUCUCGACAAGCUGGGAAAAGCAAGGAGCAGAGGGCACAUUGUUCGUCUGCUCGCUUCUGCCACCGGUCGGAGGUCCCCAGAUUGAGCGAUACAGCUGCAUUGUUCUGAAUCGCCGCGGUCUCGAAAACUUCUCGAGCGAACUGUUCUCGGCCGAAUCCGUUCAAGUGACGGACGACUAUGUCAUCCUACAGGUCGAAGGAGAGGAUGGAAGUGCGAACAUCUACGGUCUCUGGAUUUUCGCCGAAGAAGGAGGAAGCACGGUACAGACGAGGGUGGUGAAUGCCUUGAUCAUCCAAGAAUGUGCAAAGAGGGCCGAAGACAGCAGGGACGCGGCUGCUGUGGCUGAUGUGGAAGACGAGUACAUUGAGGAAGAACUGCCGCCAUCGAUGCAGCCGAAUUUCGAGGAGCCGCCGCCGCCGACAAUACAUCGACAGCAAAAGGAACCGGAGCAACAGAGAUACGAGUACGAGCAAGAAGCACAAGGCCAACAAGUAAAUCUCUUGCACCUUUUCAAGAGCAACCAGCAACAACAACGUCCCGCGCUUGCCUCGCCUUUCCAAUCUCACGAUCAGCAGCAAUACUACGCCAUGCAACACCAACACCAACUCCAGCAUCAGCAACAUCAACAGCAGCUUCAGCAGCAACAACACCAACAGCAAUUAGCUGCCAUGCAACAGCAACAACAGCUUCAGCAGCAACAAAUGCUACAACAACAUCAAGCCAUGCAGCAUCAGCAUCAGCAGCACCAACAUCAACCUCAAAACUUCAACGCUGCUCCCCCUCCACUACCUGGAUAUGGUGCUCCUCAACAAUACUCUCAGCAAUACCCUCAACAGCAUCCUCAGCAGCACCCUCCUCCUCCUCAAGCACAACCUCAAGGACAGGCCGAUGUUUUGAUGAGUCUGUUCUCAAACGCCAGACGUGGAUAUUAGACGGAAGUGUAAUGGCACGCAACGACAAUGGCCAGAAGAGCAAAGAGAUGGUUAUUACGAAGAUACCCCCCAUUGUUUUGACAGAAACUCACAAUCCUACCUUCUUUUCCGAUCUUC